AUGCCAAAUUACAUUUUCUGGCCAUACGAAUCCUUGUUCGAGAAUUCCGCAGCUCAAGGACCUCAGGUAGCUUUGGCAAUUUCAUUUGAGAAGACGCAUUUUGUUGUCUUAGGUGUUUGCGAACCUCAGUAUUUAGAAGAAGUAAGCAUACGGCCCCCUUAUUCAGUGGUAGCUACUAAGAACAAUGGAGCGGAGGGUUGGAACUACAAAGUUGCUGAUCCCUGUAAUGUCCAUUUUAGAAUACCCAAGCUGAAAUUUAUGCAAUUCUAUUCUUCUGAUCCCAUCUCGCUCAUCAUACCAGAAAAAGAAGUUGGUCUUCAUAGUAGUGUGGGUGAAACUCUGAACUAUUCUAAAUUAGAGCAACAUCCAAGAUACAAGAGAGAUAAUAAGAAAUUGAGUGAAACUUUGAACAUCAUUAAUCUAUUCCCCGCAUAUUGUAAAGCAUUAAAUGAGCUUUACCCGUUUAUUCAAACAUCACAGGAAAAUUUGAGGGGUACUAUGCUUAAUAGUGUCGCAGCUUGGUGUUCAUCUACUUGUAUUUAUAAAAUGGUCGCAAAAAUUGGUUUUUAUUUGACUUUUGUGAUCUGCUCUAUUGCUAGUCUCGUAUCCUCGUUAUUAAAUUAUUCGCACUUUCAGUUGGUAAAUUACUCGGCAUUUGUCCAGCAAAUCGAUCUUCGUUGUCAACAAAUUUGCUAUUUCCCAGUACAGUAUGAGCGUAUUAAUAAGAAGGAUAACAUACAGAAUGUUGGCUCUAUGGUGGAAAAAGAUAAUUCUAAUAGUCAAUUCUCACAUUCAUAUAUGCCUUCUAAAUUCUAUCCCGAUUAUAUUUUAUUGUAUAAUACAAUUUGGCUUAUUAUUAAUGACAUUUCAUUUGGUUUAAUAUUGGGGGCCAUACUUAUUGAGAAUCGAGAUUUCUUGGUGUCGGCAUCCCAUAGAGUAUUGAAGUUUUUUUUAUAUGAUUCAUUAAAAACAAUAACUGAAACGUUAGCAAAUAACCCCCUUGGCAUCAAAUUAAAUGCAGAACUUGCGAACUUUUUGAGCGAAUUAUUUCUUUGGGUGAUAGAAUUUUCUUAUACCACAUUCAUAAAAAGACUCAUUGAUCCGAAAACCCUAUCAUCUUUGCUCACGUUAACGAUAUAUAUGAUGUUUCUCGUUGGCUUUUCUUUUGCUGUUUCCCUAGCGAUUGAUUUUUUUGCAAUUUUAAGUUUUCCAAUAUAUGUUUUUUAUCGUAUCAGCAGUAAACUGUACCAUUGUCAGUUGAAUAUUAUGGCUAGUCUUUUUAACCUGUUCUGCGGUAAAAAGAGGAACGUUUUACGAAAUAGGAUUGACCAUAACUAUUUUCAACUAGAUCAAUUGCUAUUGGGAACAUUAUUAUUUAUUAUUCUAGUGUUCUUGACUCCCACAGUGAUGGCAUUCUAUAUGUCAUACACAGUUUUGAGAAUGCUAACAAUAACUAUCGAAAUAUUCUCGGAAGCUGUCAUUGCACUCAUUAACCAUUUUCCAUUGUUCGCAUUAUUACUUAGGUUAAAAGAUCCUAAACGUCUACCCGGUGGCAUUUCAAUUGAGCUCAAAACCACGGUUUCUAACAAGCAUACAACCUUAGAACUUCAAAACAAUCCUAUUAAAUUCAAGAGUAUGUUCAGACCAUACAAUCUAUUGUUGUCGCAAAUGAGGACAAAUUAUUUCUCGUUUGCUACUGUACGAAAGAUUGUCCGAGGGGAGUCUAUAAUGGUCAAUAGAAAUAAGCUGUACUAUGUUCUUUAUUCUUCACUGCCUAGUAAGCCAUUGAGUGUAAAGGAUUUAUACAAAAGGCUGACUAUUCAGGCAUAA